GCUUCCUCAUUCACCUCGCUGUCUAUGCGGAGUGGCGGCGACUCUGGAGGACCUCAGCCCGCCGAGAGAAGCACUCAGCCGGGCCUGGAGUCUGUGGAGAGUCGGUGUUGCUGGUCGGCAGCGGAGGGUGCACACCGGGGGGUUUGGGUGUAGUUUUAGCCUGAUCUGAGGAAUUUGACACAUUUCACCGGGGAGAGCGAUACCCGUUGGUACGAAGAGAGGAAAGGAGACAAGUUCUGCAGCCAAGUUAUAGGAGGUUCAAAUUCCCUCUCCCUUAUCCCUUGCGACCCUAGCCCUGACCUUUGACCCGCCCCUCUCUCUCCAAUCAUGGCACACCGAUCCCAAUCUUCAUCGAUUGGGGAAAACCCCCUCGACCCAAAUUUCCUGCCCCCACAUUACCGUGAGGAGUAUCGCCUGGCUAUUGAUGCUUUGAUAGAGAAUGACGUACAGGGUUACCAUGAGUUCCUCCAGUCUGCGGAUGUGGUUGGUUUCUUGGCACAGCAGGAGAUUGAUCUGAUCAAAUCCACGAUCCACAUGCCGAACCAGACCUCCGGCGUGCCCGAGCUGACGUACCCUGAAGGAGCUCUGGAAGAAGACGGCUCCUCCGACACGUACUGGCCGAUGCAGUCCGACCUGGCCGCCCCGGGGCUGGAUCUGGGCUGGCCGCUGCCCCAGCAAAGCUUCAUGGGGCCCACAGAGGUCACCACUCUAGUGAACCCCUCCGACCCAGACAUGCCGAGCAUCAAGGAGCAGGCCAGAAGACUCAUCAAGAAUGCACGCCAAGUUAUUGCGAUCGUGAUGGACACGUUCACAGAUGUUGACCUGUUUGCGGACCUCUUGGAUGCAACAGCACGGCACGUUCCAGUUUACCUUCUACUGGAUGAGCAGGAAUCUCAUCACUUUAUCACUAUGGUCUUAAACUGCAAAGUCAACUUGGAUCACCACCCUAUGUUGUGCGUCAGGACGGUGGCAGGUAUAACCUAUUAUUCCCGCACGGGGAAAUCAUUCAAGGGGCAGGUGAAAGAUCGUUUCCUUUUGGCUGACUGCAAAGCUGUACUGAGUGGCAACUACAGUUUCAUGUGGUCCUAUGAGAAGAUCCACCGCUGCAUCGCCCACCUCUUCCUCGGGGAACUGGUGUCCACCUUCGAUGAAGAGUUUAGAAUUCUCUUCGCUCAGUCAGAGCCGCUGGUCAUUGACCCAUCCAAUGGAGCACUUGCUCUUUCUGACAGCAGCAGCACAAGCAGUUACUUAGGCAACCAGUUUGGUUUGAAGAGGACCCAGUCUUUGCGCACCCCCGUAGGUUACCGCAGGCAGCCUGAGAUUGCCCCUGCCUUCCCCUAUGGCGAGUCUGAUCGUAAUGCCGCACUUCCUUUCCGAAGGAACGAUCCAUUUCGUCACACUGUUGAACCUGGGGCAGGAGUUACAAUUGGAAAGUAUUCCCAGCAACAGUUUCGUCUGCAGCAUUCGUUCCUGGAGCAGGGAAGGUCCAUAGUUUCCAGGCAGAUGGAUACGAGUAGCAGUGCCUUCCAGAGGCACAGCUAUGCUGAAGGAACCCAGGAAAACUACUCAUCUUCAAGGCAAUACAUGAAGACCAGAGUCAUGAAUAAUCUGGAUGAGACAGACCACAGGGAGCACACCCAAAGUAGCCAUUACUACAAGGAAGGGCCUGGCUCGGGCUCUGGUCAUGGUCACUACGAAAGACUUCGGGGUCCCUCUCCACAACUCUCCAUUGACCAGUAUUCAAAUUCAAGCUUUCGCUCAGAUCGGGAGCAACAACCUGGAAACUACGGCAGAGAGUACUUUUCAUCUGAUGAUUUGAAAGGACCUGAGGGCCACCAGGCCCCGCCGGUAGCUGGGAGGUAUGCAGGAGAUUCAAGCAGGAGGCCAACGGUAGGUCAUGCGUAUGCCUGCCAGAGCUCACCCACACAGCCCCUCCACCCUCCAGAGAAGAAACCUUAUGCCAAAGAAUCUGAACAAGAGGCUGGUGAAGAUGCAGAUGCCAAGCAAGGCAUGAGGAGUUGGAGAAUCCACUCCUAUCUUAACACCUGUGAGGAUGGUGGCGAAGAAGGUCUGACACAACCUUUGGGUCCUGAUGCAUUUGAAGAUCCUCCACCUCAGAAAUCCUCUGCUGACAAUCCCGCUUCCCGCUAUGGACUGAAGGAGCCACCAAAUGUUCCCAACAAACCCAAAGCAGAAUUCACGAAACCACGCUAUGGAAAGCCCAUCUUACCCGAUAGCAACAGCAGAGAAUCUUCCCUGACAACAACUAAGGAUCUGUAUUCGUCUAGCAGGGACCUAAGGCCAUCUGUACUUGAGAAGGAAACAGAGAGAGGUGCAGCAAGGGAGGUCGGUGUGGAUGUGGGAGGGAAAGACGCUCCUGAUCGCUUCCUUUCCAAACAUGAAUCAUUCCAUUCACGUAACAACCCACUGAUUCAACGUAGCUCACGUCUGCGUUCUUCGCUUAUCUUUUCCUCUUCCAAGGUAGAGAUGCAUAGUGGUAGCCUUGGCCUCAAAACAGCCACAGAGGAAGACGAGGAGUUGGACUCAGGGCGCACUUCCUCGAUUGUGGCCCAGAUCCUAGAGAAGAGGAGGACAUUGACUCGUGAGCCUUUUGAGUGGAGAAAGAAGGCUGAGGAGAGAGAGAAGGAGAAAGGAAAGGAGAAAGAGAAAGAAGAGAACGAGCGACUGCAAAAAGAAAACGAGACUCGAUUGACAGAUGAGCUCAAAGCAAAAGAGGAACUUCGGAAAAAGAACGAAGAGGUAAAGACGACAACAGCAGAGAAAUUUGAAGUCUCCUCCUCAUCAUCAUCAUCAUCAUCUAUGAACAUGAAUGACCCCGCCAGUCGACUGCAGUAUUUCAAAGAACUGGCUGCCAAGAGAAAAGCGUCAAAAAUGGAAACGGAGUUGUCACUUAAAGCCCCACAGCCUGUUGAGAAAAAGCCAGACCUUUCUGAUAAACCUCCCAUAAAACCUCCAAUGACUCCAAGGAUCCCAACUGUCUCAGUUAGUUCAGCAGAACCUGUACCAAAGAAGACAGACCUUUCUUCAAAGAUAGCAGAGCUCACUCGCAGAACUUCCUUUAGUUCUGUGAAACCACCUAUCUUGAAACCUUCGGCGAACCUCGUGAAGCCUUCGGAGACAACUCAACCUCUUAAAGAUGAUAAUGCGUCAGAUGGUCAAAAGAAGGAUAUAUUCAAGAAGCCCUUUCCCUCACCUAAUAUCUUCAGGAGAGAUCCGUUGAAGCUCAAAGUAGUCGGUCCUCGUCGCAUCUCCUGUGGUGAAGACCUUCUGACCACAGACGCUACGGACGCAGAGAAGAGUGAAAUGAAAAAGAGUCGCUCUCAUAGUUCUUCAACUCUGCCACGUGCCGAUUCAAAAGAAGGAAUGCAAAAAGGAAUGGGGUCUACUACAUCCAUCAACACACUUGGUGAUGGAAAGGGUGAUGGGAAGACACUUGACUUCUUGAAGAAGCAGACUCAGAGGCUAAAGGGAUUCCUGGGGCCCAAGGACAAAGAAAAGAGAUCUUCCGGAGAUGAAAAGAGCAUGAGCACGGUGAAAGAGCUCACUGAAGAAUUCAACAAAAAGCAGAGUUCAUUGGUUAAAGAAAAAGUAUCAGCCACUACCGACCAAACCACAACCAAUCACAAGACAUCGACCAUCACAUCGGUUACAUCUCGAUACCAGUCCCCCAGCAGCUCUGUUAUAUUCAGCAGCAACCUACGAGAUGACACUAAAGUCAUCCUGGAGCAGAUCUCAGCCAACAGCCAGAAGAACCGACUGGAAAGAGAAGAAACAGGAGGCGUCGAGGACAAUUCCAUAAAAAAUAACAGAUUUCUGCGUCCGGUCAGCAACAUCCAGGAGCGAGAGGGAUUACUCAAGAGGAUGGAGAGUAUGAGGAAGGAGAAGAAGGUCUACAGCCGCUUUGAGAUGGGGAAUACCCUGGGAUAACGAAAGAUGGAGGAAUCACCUUUUAUAUGGAAACUAUUUAUGCAAGAUGAUCAAAAAGACGCAUUGCCCAUAUAUGCCAACGACUCUAUCAAAGUACCUCUUCGGCUCAACACUGCAGCCUUUCCUGGAUUUUAAUACAACGUAAUAAAACUUGAAAAGACACUAUAUAAAAAUGCUGAAAACAAACUUAAGUCAUUGGGUUUGGAAUGUGCCUUUGUGCCAAGACAUGGUACUACUUUGACCUUAUAUGGUGACUGAGAGAAAGAAGAGGGACUCUACUCGCAUUGUGGUUGCCAUGGGCUAAUGUUUCACCCAACAGAAAAAGGUAGGGCAAUUCACCUACAACUGAACUUGUAUCAACGUGACUGAGGGAGUACGAGAGAAAUAUAGAACAUAUUGCACCUGAGGGUUGAUAUAAAAAGGAAUGUCAGAACGUGGCGGGAUACAGUAUUACGCCAUGUGUACUAUGCUGUACCAGUGCUGUGUGUUUCUACAAGUGUCUGUGCAGCUGAAACUGAAUUGGAGAAAGCGUUCUUGUGGAUUCACCGUGUGCCAAUGGCCCACUGUGGGCAUCACUAACGUUAGGAUUAUAUUAUUAAUGCUGGAACAGAAACAACAAUGAGAAAAUGAAGGGGAAUAAACAUGAGAUGAAUUGAUGAAGGGGGACAUUUUAAGGGCAAAUCUGAGAUUAUAGAGAAAGCAGAAGCAAUCCAAAUUAAUGUUUGUUUAUAAUAACUAUUCUAAUGUUAAGGCAGAGUUUAAAUAGAAAGGAAAGCCUGUAGUGAACUUUAGGUGUGUAUCCUUCGAUUAAGGCGUGGACCUGCUUCUCAGGGUUAAACGUGACAGAUAACCAUUGAGAGAGGCCAACACAUUCAUGGUCGACAAGUGGAGUUAAAAAAUAUAAGUGUACUAUUCUUGGUCUGUAAAUAAAGGUGUUAAGCAUUUGUAGUUGCACUGAACGACUGUAAAAAGCAAAACAAAAAGACACAACUCUGUUUCUCUAUCAUUUAACAUUUGAGUUAGUCAUCAGGAAACAAAGAGGAACAACUAGCUACACUUUGCAGGACUGGAGCAGGGCCAUGCCUCCUUAUAUAAGUCAUUUAACUUCAGAGACCUACGCCCUACGCAGGACUGCAAACUCCUUUGUUGGUGCGUAAACACUAGUGCACCAAAGAUGUAGUUAUACGGUACAGUUCCCAGGCUGCUCAACAGGUCAUGUGUUUAUACAGAACAUCAAAAGCAUUGAGGAUGAAUUGAUUCAUGGAUAAUAAUGGAUAAUAAUUCUGGGGUUACACUGUUUUUUUUUAAGGAGGGGUUAUACUGUACAUAUUUAUAUAAAAAAGAACUUAUUGAUAAUCUAUAUAACAAAUUAGAAAUUGUUAUAUCACCCUAAAGUGCCUUCUGUUUUUCAUUAAUAUGCAAGUAUGUGGUCUUGGCUGUAAAUACUAAUUAGCAUUAAGUAGGGGGGCUCAGUUGCACAGUAAUGUGUUGUUGUUUAAAAAAAUCAAACAACCUCAGAUAGUAUUACAUUGUAAUUGAAAUACUGUUCAAAAGUAUUUUAUUAAAACUGAAAUUGAACGUG